GUUCCUCACAGCUUAAUUUUGUACUUGCAACCACGGAAAAUGGCACCGCCCGUCCACCGCCUUCGAGAAACUGGGAAAUCAUAUCCGCUGCCGACUGGUAUGCCUGGUCGGCUAGACCUACUCAUACAGGUGAAAAUGGGGCCACUCUUCCUAACGAACAAUUUCACUAUAAUAAUGUCAUCUCCGUCUCUGCAAAUUUAGUUUCAUUUUGCUGGAAAAUGGACUGGAAAUUCAGUUCCCGUCAUACAGUAGAGAGCAUGUUUAUCAGCAAUUUUAUCUCUCGUGAUGAAACCCAAGAAAUUCAAAAGAGAUGGACCGAUACUAUGAAUUCUCUUAAUCAGAAAAUCCAAGCCAUCAUCAGAAUUCCAUCUAUCAGAUUAAGGUUAUUUCGUAUUGGGAAGCAGCUGGAAUGGGAGAAGAUGGUCAUGGAUGGUUCAAUUCAAAACACUAGACGCCUCCACCUGGUGAGCACAACGCAUCUACGGCCUUGGCAGAUUGUUGAUGAAAUGAUUUCAGUGAUUUAUCGCUACUUUUACAGGAAAUACGUGCCUUCACCGUAUACCCAGAUCGAGAAUUGCAUGAAUGAGUUCUUCUCAAUGAUCCCAAAAGAGAACAAAUGUUAUUUGGAGGUAAUUCGGCUGUCCUUUCUUCCAGAACUGUUGGUCUCGCUUUAUUUGUCCCCAUAUCAAGUGGACAAAGUCUUUGCUUUCGGAAUGAUUAUGCAUAUUCUGAAGUUGAGUAGAAUAGCAUUGGCGAAAGAUUGGCGUAACGAAUGUGCAUGUUUGGUGUUAGAGUUUUGUAAGUUGCUCAGAAGGGUGUCUCAUGAGGAUUCCCUGUAUCUCUCUUGCCGGAGUGCUCUUGGGUUGUUGCUGAAAAACAUGGAUAUUGCUAGUUGGUUGUUGUAUGGGGAGGAUACCAAGGGAGCCAGCUGUUUGAUGAAGGAGAUUUUCUCUUUUGUUGGCGAGCUGGGGAAUAGAUUGUGUGAAGAUUUGGCUUCCAGUACAGAAUCUCCCUGGAGUUCGGGGCCCUUUUUUGGUGAUGUUUGUGACUUUAAGGCUUUUUUGCUCCCUUUGUUUAUUGUCAUCAAGAGAGGUCCUAGUUCUGAUCCCAUUCUCAACAGGGAUUAUGUGGACGCCUUGGGGUUUCUUUAUGCUACAUUUAGUAAAUUGCUGAGAAAGAUGGAUGAAUGCCUUCUUAAGAUGCAGAGUUGUUUUCCUUUAAACACCACAUGGGAAGAUGUUACAGUCUGGAAUGGAUGGUUUCAGCAUCUCGCCAUUUUGGAAGAAUUGCACAAAAUCAGUGAACUUUAUGACGUCGCUGAAGAAGAAUUGUGGAUGUCUUUACGGCAGAGAGAGUUUUCACUAUGUGUGCUGCUUGUUAAAUAUUUGAAGCCAACAGAUGAUAUUAAGUGGCUUCUAGAGCAUAAGAAUGAUUAUGGCUUUGAAUUUAGGAGGCAAUUGGCCAGGCAGAUGAUUCCCAAGGCAAAUGAAGAUUUCCAAAGAUCGCUCAAAAUAGUAAUUGACAAGUUCCUCAACAUGGAAGCUCAUGUUGAAGGCCAUCAGGUGCUGCCUAAUGAUUUGUUUUCACAACUCAGGGUACAAGAAGAGAGUGCAGCAGGACUGAAGAGUUACAGCACACGUUAUUUGACGGAGAAGUGGUUUCUCUCAAUGUGCCAGGCUAUAUUCAAUCCACAAAAUGCCCUUUUUAUUGCAUGUCCAAAUGAUCCUGCACGACUCUAUCCUAAUCCUGCAAUUAAGCUGGAGAACUUGCACCUUGAGUAUUUCCGGUUAGCUGGUAAGCUGAUAGCAUUAGCUUUGAUUCAUCAAGUGCGAGUAGGUGUUGUCUUUGAUCAUGUUUUUUUCUUACAAUUGGCUGGAAAGAGUAUUUCAUUAGAAGAUAUACGGGAUGCAGAUCCAUGCUUGUAUAGUAACUGCAAGCAGAUAAUGGAGAUGGUUUCCAAACCCAUUGUUUCUGAUGCUUUAGAACUGAGGUUUAUUGGCGGUGCAGAGUACAAAAGGAGCGCAGAACUUUGCCCUGAUGGAAAGAGCAUAGUUGUGAAUGGCAAAAAUUGGAAAAUAUUUGCUGAUCUUAUCAUUCAACAUCACUUUGUUACAUCUAUCUCUAAACAGGUUUCUUAUUUUGCUCAAGGUCUUGCUGAUGUUUUUGGUAACAAAUGCCUCCAGAAAUUCUUUUUCCAUUGUUUAGAUCUUGAAGAUCUUGAUUGGAUGAUGCAAGGAAUCGAAAGCAGUGUUUCUCCUCAUGAUUUGAAGGCAAAUGCAGCAAGCUAUAGAUAUUAUAGUGACAGAAGGAGACAUGUUAUUACAAAUUGGGAAAAGGGUAGGCUUUUGGGACGCGGGUCAUUUGGAUCAGUGUAUGAAGGAUAUGCAGCCGGGGGUUUCUUUUUUGCUGUGAAGGAAGUUCAAUUGCAUGAUCAAGGAAAUCAAGAAAAUCAAGCAAAGCAAUGUAUUUACCAAAUAGAGCAGGAGAUUGCUUUAUUAAGCCAAUUCAAUCAUCCAAACAUUGUUCAAUAUUAUGGAACAGACAAGGAUGAAACAAAGCUUUUUAUUUUUCUAGAGCUUGUAAGUAAUGGCUCUCUUACAGAAAUUUACAGCAGGUAUCAUCUUAAGGAUUCCCAAGUGGCUGCUUACACUAGACAGAUACUACAUGGCUUGAAGUACCUCCAUGAGCACAACGUAAUUCAUAGGGACAUCAAAUGUGCAAAUAUAUUGGUGAAUGUUGGAGGAAUUGUGAAACUUGCAGAUUUUGGAUUGGCAAAAGUGACUGAGUUUAAUAAUCUCAUAAAAUCCUGCAAGGGAACGCCAUGUUGGAUGGCCCCGGAGGUUGUCAACCUGAAAAGAACAGGAGGGUAUGGGCUUCCAGCAGACAUAUGGAGUCUCGGAUGCACUGUGUUGGAAAUGUUAAUUCGGAAACCUCCAUACUCUCAUUUGGAACCUGCACAGGUUUUGUACAAGAUUGGAAGGGGUGAGCCACCUCCUGUUCCUGAUUUUCUGUCAGGAUUAUCACAGGAUUUUAUCCUGCAAUGCCUGCAAGUUAAUCCAGACGAUCGUCCCACUGCUGCUCAGCUCUUGGACCAUCCAUUUGUUAAGCGGUCAUCUCAUGCCUAAUUAGGCUUUGCAAAUAUCUCAGUAAUUGUGGUGGUUUUCUCCGCUUCAGCCACUUAUGCCAUUAUAAAAUGGAAAAAUUCUUGCCCAUCACCAAUACAUCACAGACAUAAGACAUAAAUAUAUAGUCGUAUCAACAUGUAAAAUAGGUAGAUUUUACAUACUUGUGUCUUAAAUUCAUGAUAGACUAACCAGAGAACAAAACAAUCCUUAAAAAUAUUACCAUUUUUUUUUCUUACAUUGGAUAUUCUUAGAAGGAAAAGACAAUGCUAGGAGCAUUUGUAACAUUUAUAAAUUUACUUCCAACAACCUUUUUUUUUUUUUCAAACAACCAUUUUUUUA